GUGAGCCACAGACCUAUGCUGGUUCACAAUUUUCAUAUACUGGUCAUGCAUGUUUUUCAGAUUCGUAACAAAGUAGCUGAUGUUGAAGUUAAAAAUGAGAAUGAUGUAUCAACAUCGGAAGUAAUGCAGACAAAUAAUGAUCAAAAUCCAAAUACCUCAACUAUUGCAAAAGAUGAUGAGGAAACUGUGCUUCCUUCAGAUUUAUUCGCUUACGAUCCAGCGAAUUAUUCUUUCUGCAAACAAAAUAGUAUAGUUAAUACUCUAACUGUUGGAGAAGUGGGUACUCUCGAAAUUAUUUCAGAAAUAAGGGAGGGUGUAUAUGGUAUUACAUUGUGGCCUGAGAGAGAUUAUGAUGACUUUUUCGAGCAAAUGUAUUCAGUAAUCCCGGAAGCUACUCUAUGGGAGAAUCGUAGACCAAAUAUAGGAGAUUUUGUAUUUGGUCUAACCUUUGAUACACAUUGGAUUAGGGGAUAUGUUGUAUGUCUGAUACCAUACUUAAAAAUGGCUAUGAUAGACCAAGCUAGAAUAGUGUUUGUUCUUCAUCUUGCUACAUGCAAACCACCGCUUUUAGAUAUGCCUGCAUUAGGUGGAUUAUGUGAAUUAACUGAUGCUACACAUAAACUGAAGGAAGGUGAAGCGCUUGAAUUUAAAGUAAUAGGCCAAACAGAUAAUGAAGAACAAGACGGAUUUGAAAUAUUGAUUCUUAAUGGAGAUUAUGAGUUAAAAGCUACUGUAAAGCCUUAUAUUCCAACGGUGGAACAAGUGGGAAUACUAUGUGGUGAUGUGACUAAUGGACGUGAGGUAUGCAUUACUGGUUAUCGAAAUCAUAUACAUCUAUUUGUUCGUCCCUUAGAUGCUCUAGGUGUGGCACGCUAUAACUUUAUUAUGGAAACUGUUGGAAAAUGCGCUGAAACAUCUCCAUUUUUAAAAGAUCCAAAAGUUGGUCAAACGGUAUUAGCAAUGACCACUGAUGGAAAAUAUUGUCGUGCACGUAUUCUUAAUAUAAAUAAAGUUGGAGUGGAAGUUAUCUACCGUGAUCUUGGUCGUAGAGAGUAUGUAGAUCCGGAGAAACUUAAGGUUCACCCUGAUAGUUUGAAAGAGAUUGGAUAUUUUAUGUCAAAACUAAAACUACAAGGUGUUUCUCCAGAUAUCCCACCACUACAAGACAUAAUUGAUCUUCUGGACAACCUAGUGGAUAAUAAAGUUCCUCUGAUAUGUACAUAUGAUGGUAUACCUUCCACAGAUGGUGUAUAUCUGAAAUUUCGUGACGGAAAAACUCUUAAUGAUAUGAUUAGUAAAUGUAUCGAGAUGAAUUGUGAGAUAUCUUCUGAGUAAAUAGAAAAAUUAAUCUCAGAAUUAGUUGCUCCAGAUAGCUGUAUUAAAACAAAAAUUAUUGAGCGUGAACUUGUAUCUGUGUGUCGUCUAUAAUGUGUAAUUACCAUUGGUUAAAGCCAAAUUAAUUGGUGAAUGUUUAAUAUCAGAUUGGGGGCAAAAAAAAGAAACAAAAAAAAAACAUGCAUCUCAUUAUGCAAAAGGAGAACAUAUUAGUUAUAAUGUUUGAAGCUAAAAUUGAGAUAUUUUUAGUUAAAAUAGUUAAAACAUGAUUUGUUUCUUGAAAGUAUUUUAACAUUUGUAGAAGAUAUUCCACUCUUUGAUAUUAUUGUAUCUUCUCAAAUAGUAUGUAAGAUCAGUACUUUUUGAACACUUUUUUUAUAUUUACUUUUGUCAGUACUAUAUUUUAUUUCGGUGAAUCUCUAUAUUCAACAUACUUCCUGCGAGACUUGUAUUUUGUGUACAAUUUAUAAUAAAUAUGAAGUGAAAGCAAA